UGAUGUUUGGUUGACUUUCAGACCAUGUUGAUAUGUCUGAGCGUUUAGGAAGAGUGAGUUAUAAUAAGGAUGGGUAAUUCUGAAUCACAAAAGAUUAUCUUGCCGGGUCCUCAAAAAAAAGUGAUACAGGCCGCUAAAACAUCAAAAGACCACGACAAGAAAAAGCCUAAAGGAUCUAUCUCUCUAGAUGAUGGUGCAGACAAAGACUUAUCAAAUUUAAAUAAGCUUGAUUUGUCGGCCAGGGUGAUUGAUCCAGCGGAUUUUAGUUUCCCAUUCGAGAAUUUAGUGUUUGAGAGCGGUAGAUUAAAAUGUAUAGCAUUCUGUGGAGCCUUGGAGUAUCUGGAACUAGUAGGAUGUUUAUCGAAUAUUAAAAGAGUGGCGGGGACUGGCUAUGGUGCUAUGGUGUCUUUAUUGGUAGCUGUUGGUUUCUCCUGGCAAGAGAUAUCUGAAAUGCUCGGGGUUGACAUAGCUUCGGUCACAAAAGGUGGUUUAUUUGGAGGAGGAGGGUUACUAUCUGGUGUUUUACGUGGUCUUGGUGUGACAUCGUAUGGUGACGACAUCAAUAAUAAAUUAGGUCGAUGGCUGAAAGAAAAAUGUGGCGAUCAGGAUAUUACAUUUCAACAGAUUUUCGAGAAGUAUAAAAAAGAGUUAUGUAUUGUAGUUACGAAUGUUAAUCUGAUGUGUAUAGACUACUUUCAUGUUAAAACAACACCCAAUCUACCUGUUAGAACAGCCGUUCAGAUGUCCUUAACUAUACCAGGAGCAUACAUACCAAAGUUAGAACCAGUCAAUGGUAUAGAAUAUCUCUAUGUUCAUGGUGGUGUUUUAUGUACGUACCCUGUUCACUGCUUUGAUGGUUGGUUUUUGUCAAUGAAUCCUGAAAACAGAUUAAUACAGAAAUUGUUUCCACUAAAUGAUUCAGUUGUUGAUAAAAAGAUAAAAUUUAAACAGUUCAAUGAUAAAACAUUAGGUUUUUCAGUGUAUUCUAACAAUGAAGAAGAUAUGAUGCGUUCUAAAUUGGAAUCAAGACUCGGAGUGUUGAUACCACCAAGGCCAUCGGAAGAAACUGAUCUAUAUAAAUUACGAACAGAGACUGCUAAGCUAAAAUUGGAAAUUGAGAAGUCCUACAUUACCAUUUGUGAAGCUGUGGAUAAAUUUAAAAGGAUAUUGGACGAGAAUCAAUUUAAUGACCUGGAAUUGCUGGAUAAAAAGUACCUUAAAGAAUCAUUUCAAGAUGAAUCGGCAUUUACACCUGAAGAUAUCGUAUCAGUAUUUGGAAAAAGCGUCAAACUUGAAGUGUUUUUUGAAAGACUCGACCACCAAGGCACUGGAAUGGUGGUAUAUGAUGAGCUUAUACAGAAAGUUGAGUCACAUGGCGUGGAUGUCGGUAACAAACUACGUGCUGUAAAUAAAAAACAAACAACUAAUUUCAUCAGCUAUAUGACAAUAUUACAGUCAACAAUUAGUCAAAAUACCAGAACAGAUUAUAUUGAGGCGAAUGAUGUAGACAGAACUGUUGGUAUAAAUACUGGUCACAUUGAAACAGAAGAUAAUGACCUACAUCCAAAAGAUAAACAGUUUCUUAUUGAUAGAGGCUACAACUCGACUCGUGCAUUUUUGCAAUAUUAUGUCGCCAAAAACAAGUGUAGCAAAAGAUCUACAACCAUAACCCAAUCUAUUAUUGAAGAUACGUCUUAAUUUAAACUUCAACAGUGGAAUAGAUUGAGUUUAAUCUACAAGAUUGGAAUGAACUGUUUUUAAUCUGCAAUAGUGGGAUGGAUUGAUUUUAACUUAUACAUCAGUAGAAUGGAUUGAAAGAAAAUCAAGCAUGUGUCGACGAAUAAGCGAGUAUCUUUUUAAUAGACCAUCCAUAUAAGAAUGGUUCUAUUAGUAAAGUUGACAUUUCGGUGACUUGUGGUUCUAUUAGUAAAUCUGACAUGUCGGUGUUCUGCGGACCCAUGGCUCUAUAAGUAAAGUUGACAUUUCGCAUUCGGUGACCCACGGUUCCAUUAGUAAAUUUGACAUUUCGGUGUUCUGUGGUCCCAUGGUUCUAUUAGUAAAUUUGACAUUUCGGUGUCCUGUGCACGCAUAGUUCUGUUAGUAAAAUUCACACUUCUGUUUUGUGGACCCCGUGCAAAAGGUAUUACACGGAUUUAAUUGUUAUGCUUCACAAAUUGUCAUUAUAAAUGUGUUCUAUGUUUAUACGCUCAAAUGUUGUCGUCACCCCUGACCGUCUGUUCACAAUUCUUUUAAACGCUCUGCAGGUCAGAGUUGUUUCUUUCGGCAAGUCCUAAGGGGAAUCAUAUAUCCGUUAAACUAGUUUCUUCCUCUGUCGCCGAAACCUUCUAAACGCUCCGUGUCAGAUUUUGUUAUUGGGUUGGGUUUUUUUUGUCAUUUUAUUUCUUCGUGUCUGCUGGGAUUGUUGGGCUAAAAAAGAACCCUGUCGGAAUUCAGGGUCGGGCAACGAUUUUCAAAUUUACCGCUUAUUCCAAUGAAACUUGCUUGGAGUGUUCGUCUAAUUAUAAGGAUGAAACUUAUCGAAAUUCAGAUUUGUCCUUGAAACCUCUGACAACACCCCAUUUGCUGUAAUUGGGUUUAUUUUUGUUGCCUGCCACUGCUGUUAUAUUUCUUUGAUAACUGAUAACUGGCUUUUGUUGUCAUGGUCAGUUGUAUUCAUUCCCAAAUGUAUGUAUACCACUUCCGACAUCUGAAAUACUAUACGGCAUUCUGUGAAAUCCGUCAUCAUUUUCAUGUCCCGAUUUAUUUUCAUAUUACUUCAACCAAAAUCGUUUUGAGUAGUCCGUAUUCUGAAUAUUCCGAAUUACGACAUCAAUCAUUGGAUAAUCCGGCCUUCAAUCACCAAUCAAUUAUCGGCGAGCUUAAAACACGUGUCGGUCUUUGUUGAUUACCUUGACGUGACAAGGAGUAGGGUCGUCUGUCCAACCCCGCGGGUUUUCUCCGGGUCCUCCGGUUUCCUCCCACUGCUAAAGAGCCCCUACGCGCAAGCGAAUUAUUGAAAUAAAAUUAAACCACACGUUAGUCCCGAAUUGACCUAGUUUGUGUCGAGUGGACGUUAGCCGUUAAGUGAAUAUAUGCUUCCGUGUGUAGACAGGAAUUGUCCAUAAUUCUUUGCGCUGUCGCUGUCUUGUAUUAUAGCUCGCGGUAACUAUGUACGCUGUCCUUGUAUUAGUGCAGCACCAUCCAACACAACUUACCUUGACAAAAAAAAACUCGUUAAAAACCUCUAAAAAAAUAUAAGAGACCAUAUUUUAUAAUAGCUUAGCAAUAUCGUACUGUGACCCUUAGUAAUCAAUUUUUUCAAAGGCCUAAACAUGCGUCUUAUUUGUCACUCCAAUCAUAUCUCGUGUACUAAAUUAUAAAAUGGCUAGCGAUAUCAGUACCAAUUCUUACUUCAAUACUCGUCGCUUCAGCAACUAAGCGACCGAGUCGGAGCGGCCCCUUUUACUGACCGCGGGGCCCAGACGGGGGGGGGGGGGGGUCCCUGGAAAAUUUUGAAAAAUGAACCCCAAAUAUGCGAUUUGGUGGCAUAUCUGAUUAUAACCUCUGUCAAAUAAUAUAUCUCAUAAAUCGAUUAAUUUACGACCAUCGACCUGUGAAAUUAUCAUAUCGUCAUAUUAUUAAUUAACGUAUUAUCAUUGUAUCGUCAAGAGAAUUUAACUGGUUAAAAAAUGGGACUAGUUGAGAAAAUUUUGACCAUUUGAUUAACCAGUUAGGAAUAUUGAAUAAGUAGGAAUAUUUUCAUUGAAAAAUGCCCCAUUUUUGUUGCCGGGAGCGCUAGUUGAUUCCUCCUGUGAUGGAAGGUCACGAGACACAUUGGUACAGAGUGACGAAAGUGAAAUUCAUGAAAGCCUUUUGAAUUUUGGAUUUGUUGUUCCAGGUAAAUUAUUUUACUUUGACUCUGAACAUUUGACACACUACAUAUUGAUUAAUGAACAUAGCAUUAGUUCAGAUAAUGAAUAUUCGAGUAUAAGGCCAGACAAAUUUAAUUAUGAGAAUUGCGUUACCCUCGACAUUUUUGUCAGGAGUGGCGGGUGGAAAUAAAAAUAAAAAUAAAAUUUGAUCUUGGACGCAAAAUAUAGCUACCACGACAGUGUCAGGUGAAUCCGAUGAAAUUUAUGCAUGAAAUUCGGAAUCCCCAUUGCAGGAUUCCGAAUUCCGGCCCACACCCAGCACACUCGGCCCAGAAAGUCUAUUAUACCAGCCCAUUCCAGACUCCAGUGAUAGCGUGGCGGCCCGUUAAAGCCACCGGCCACAUACAACAUGAUCAUCAUCGCUCCAUGACCGGUCCAAUACCCCACCCCCACCCAUAUAAUGUUAAGCAGAAAAGGGUUUUUUUUAGACGAAUUGGACAAAAUUAUUUUUUUCAUUUCCGACCGGCCCUUCGGGCGAUCGCCCGAUGGCCCAAUCCGCCCCUGCCUGUCAUGUCACACAUUAUCCAUAGGUACACAAACACUUUUAAAUUGAUUUUAUCCUUAUUUUGAUCCAUAUUAAUAUCGUGAUUUAAGAAACAGUAAGAAAUGAUUUUACUCGAGAUCUAAAUUUGAAGACAUCAAUAAAAUGACGAAAUAAAAACAAUUUUAUGUAUUGAUACAAUUGGGUAUUCCGUCAUGCUGUAUAAUCGGGCAUAUUGUAUCGACCUCAUUUAAGUUAUAAUUUAAACAAUAUUCAUAGAGGACAACAAUACAAUAAUAAUACAAUAUUUGAAAUGAAAAAGGAUUAUAUUUUUAUAUCAAUCCAAACGUGAACAAGAUUACAAAUGCAGUAAUUUUAAAAUGUUUAGGGGCUUCUAUAUACCAUACGUUCAUAUCUUUGUAAGAUUUAUAUCUCUGUAUAAUUAUGCAAAUGUACAUGUAUGUAUCUUUGUUGGUUUCAUGUAUAUUUUUUAUUAUUUUUAUUCAUAUAUGCACAUGACCUUGUAAGGUUUGUUGUUUGUUUUUUGCAAUAAAGUUUCUUCUUCUAUAAAUAGUAUGUAAUAUAAUAUGUGAUAUCAAUAGAUGUAUAUAUAAUUGAUGUAUUAGUCUACAAUAUAAUAAAAUACAAUAGAACUCUGAAAAUCAA